ACCCAGCCAGGAUGGAGUUGCUGAAUAUUCGAGUGACGUAGGUAAUGGGAACAAAGUAAUGCCCAUGGCCGUUUUCGAAUCAGCUCCGCCGAGGGAAGCUCUCGAGUUGGUGGACCAUUUCCGGGCAACACUGUGGGCAUCGUCCACAACAUCUAACGCCGACGUUUUCGUUGCUCUUCAUGUCAUUGAUGGAGACCGAGAGGUUUCGUACUGCACGUACGAGCCGGGAUCUGUCGCCCCAUUGACUUGGAGAUGCCUCAAAGUCUCUCGUCGAGCGACCGAUCCUGAGCGGAGCACGAAAGAACGCCCCUGGCACACUCAUCGGCGCGAAGAUACCUAGCCCUUCGUCCCGGGAGAAGUGUUCAAGAUUGAUGUCGAGAUAAUGCCAGCCACUGGACGUGUUCAAAGGGGAAAUUGGCUGCGCAUCAAGAAUCUCGCCGGUGGGCCCUGUAUGUCCGCGGGAUGGGAGCGCGAGUACGAUGCAUCGUAUCAUGCCGGCGUCAUUAAUCGCAUCUUGACUGGAACUUCAUUUCCCAGCUCCAUUGCGAUUCCUGUUGUUCCUCGCCAGGACUUGUAGAUGGUCAAGGCUUGUAGCCAAGUAUAGGUAUGUUUCCUCAUCAAGCCGAGUUUAGAGGCCCGGAGUGAUGCCAAUACUGCUGGUUUCUUCAUACAUAGGUAUGUACGUAGUAUGUACCUGCCUGUACUCAAUGGCGCAAGAUUUUUCGAGGAAGGCGUAAAUGAACAAGCGUUGAAUUUUUCACUGACCCAGAAGAAGGAAUCGCCUGAUAUCCGCCGGAUGCGUGUGCCAUGCUGAGGUUGGGCCUAUGCGUACCAUGGAGAACAGU